UUUGUAUGUUAUAUUUGUGGCUCUAUUGAAAAAAACAAGUAUCCCUUUGCAAGGGAUUGAUACAAAUUAGCGUUGAACAAUUGAAAGAAUCGAUGCCCUUUUGUAGAAGUCAUCACUAAAUCUUGUAGUAUCAAUAGAAAUUUGUGUGUUAAUGGCGAAUUGCCCCACCUGCUUUGGAAAGCCAUGUGGUUUCCAAUACUAUACUUCGUGAUCAAAGUGGGUUCAGCUUGCCAAGUAGUGGGCUUCAAGCAUUGCCCUCAUGUUCCCACACUCACCCUCCAAACACGAAACAGAACUCGCCUACUACCUCCUAAUUAGCCUCCACUAAUCUUAGUUGGAGACAAGCUAAGAUUUUUCAGAGAAAUUUAUUGGUAUUUCUGUUGCUUAAUUAAUUAGCACAAAAUCCUUUUUAUGGCCACAACCACAAUCUGAGAUUAUUGUGGAUUAGGCAGUUAGAUUAGUGCUAACAGAUUAAGAGUCACCUUGUUUCAAGCACCUUGUGGAUAACUACAAAACAAAAGCAUAGAAACCGCCACUUUCUCAACUGCCUAUACAACUGCCAUUACAUCUACAUAAGCAACCUCUUCUCCUUUGGUUACGCUUCUUUUUUAUUGUCCUUUCGAAAUUCAAUCUCCUUAACCUUAACUUCUCAAACAGGGAUGACAAACCACAAUACCGAUCCCGACCCUGAUUUCGGCCUUCCAUCAUCUUCUUCAAUCCCUACCACAUACUACCAUCAAAAUCCACGUAAAAAACGAACUAAGUUGAUCAAGAUUGAACCAAGUUUGCUCCCUUCUAGUACAAUAUCCAAGCCAAAAUAUUACAAAAAGCCUGACCCUUCUGCACCAAAGAUCACAAGACCUUGUACUGAGUGUGGCAAGAAGUUUUGGUCCUGGAAAGCACUCUUUGGUCACAUGAGAUGUCACCCUGAAAGACAGUGGCGUGGCAUUAAUCCACCUCCCAAUUAUCGCAGGCCUGUUUCGCCUAUUCAACUGUUAAGUAUUGUUAGUUCUACUAAUUGGGAAGACAUGUUGACCGCAGAGGAUCAUGAGGUGGCUUCAUGUUUGUUAAUGUUGGCUAAUAGUGAUGGUGCAAUAAUGUUGGAGCGUAACGAGUUUGGUGGUGGGGUUGUUGCUGGUAGUUCUCAUCAAGCUCAAGAUCAUGAUCAAGUGAAUUGUACUCGUGUCGAGUGUUCGAGUUGUGAGAAGGUUUUUGGGUCACACCUGGCACUAGGGGGUCGUAGGGCCAGUCACAAGAAUGUGAAGGGUUGUUUUGCUAUAAAGAGGAAUGAUGGUUGUGAGGUAGUUGAGGAUCAUAGUGGGAGUGGUGAUGUGAAGGAGAAUGUGGAAGAUAAUAGCAAGGCAUUGAUGGUGUUAGGGCACAGGUGUAGUAUUUGCUCGAGGGUGUUUCCUAGUGGACAGGCACUGGGCGGACACAAGAGGUGCCAUUGGGAGAAAGGGGAAGAAAUCUCAUCAUCCAUAAAUCAAGGAGGACUUCAUGUUCUUACAGAAAAGGAAGGUAGUGUGUUGGACCUCAAUUUGCCAGCCCCAGUGGAAGAUGAAUCAUCCUCUUUUUAUUCCUCAGGUCUCACUUUGGACUUGAGAUUGGGCCUCUGAAGGAAGACUGCGUUCUUUUUCUUGUAAGGGUUCUUUUACUAAAACUUGGUAUGUGACUGAUCUGUAACGUUAGCUUCAAUUAGUACAUAUACUAGUAUUCUGUAUCA